GUAUCUCAGAGAAGUUGUACCUGAAUGAACUUUUUUCAAAGUUAGAUUUGCUGGUGUUUCUCCUUUUCUUCGAGAUAAAGCACUUAGACAAAAGGAAGAGAUUUAUGAUCUUGUGCAUCAGGAGUUGUGGUUUCAAGUGAAGAAACAGAAGCAAAGAGGUAAUUGAUUACCAUAGACCCAAGGACACCCAAUUCAUCGUUGAGGGAGAGUAAUCAUCAUGAAUAAUCAAAAAGCUGUAGCCGCGCUACUGCAAGAGUGCAAGCAAGUACUGGACCAGCUCUUGUUGGAGGCACCAGAUGUGUCAGAGGAGGACAAGAGCGAGGACCAGCGGUGCAGAGCUUCACUCUCCAGCGAGUUAAGGACCCUGAUCCAGGAGGCAAAGGAAAUGAAGUGGCCCUUCGUGCCUGAAAAGUGGCAGUACAAACAAGCCAUGAGCCCAGAGGACAAAACAAACCUGCAGGAUGUGAUUGGCGCCGGGUUGCAGCAGUUACUGGAGUCCCUUCGAGCCUCCAUCCUCGCUCAGGACUGUGCUGUCGCCGCGGCUAUUGUGUUCUUGAUGGACAGAUUCCUGUAUGGACUCGACGUCUCUGGAGAACUCCUGCAGGUCGCCAAAGGUCUCCACAAGCUGCAGCCAGCAACGCCAAUUGCCCCGCAGGUGGUUAUUCGCCAAGCCCGAGUCGCGGUCAACUCAGGGAAACUUUUAAAAGCAGAGUAUAUCCUGAGCAACCUAAUAAGCAACAAUGGAGCAACAGGUACGUGGCUGUACAGAAAUAAAAGUGACAAGGUCCUGGUGCAGUCAGUCUGUAUACAGAUCAGAGGGCAAAUUCUGCAAAAGCUAGGGAUGUGGUAUGAAGCAGCAGAGUUAAUCUGGGCCUCAAUCGUAGGAUAUUUGACACUUCCUCAGCCAGAUAAAAAGGGCCUUUCCACGUCACUGGGUAUACUGGCAGACAUCUUUGUUUCCAUGAGCAAGAAAGAUUAUGAAAAGUUUAAAAACAAUCCACAGAUUAACUUGGGCCUGCUGAAGGAGUUUGACCAUCAUUUGCUGUCAGCCGCUGAAGCCUCCAAGCUGGCAGCCGCCUUCAGCGCCUACACACCUCUCUUCGUGCUCACAGCCGUGAAUAUUCGUGGCACGUGCUUGUUGUCAUAUAGUAGUUCUAAUGACUGUCCUCCAGGAAUGAAAAAUGCAUAUCUGUGUGAAGCCAAAGAGGCCUUUGAAGUCGGCCUCCUCACCAGGAGAGACGAUGAACCAGUUACCGGAAAACAGGAGCUUCAUAGUUUUGUCAAAGCUGCUUUUGGUCUCACCACAGUGCACCGAAGACUACACGGGGAGACACAGACAGUCCACGCAGCGAGUCAGCUCUGUUGUGAAGCUAUGGGAAAGCUGUACACUUUUAGCACUUCCUCCAGAAGUCAGGACAGAGAAACUCUGUCUCGGGAAAUCAUGUCAGUUAUCACCCAGGUGAAGAAUCAUUUACAAAUUCAAAGCUUCUCAAAUUUAGAUGACAGAUCUUAUGUUCCAGAGAGUUUUAAGUGUGGGUUGAAUAAACCCAUCUUGCAUGGGCAAGUGGAUUUCCAAAAAAUCCUUGAAACCUAUUCACAACACCAUACUUCAGUGUGUGAAGUAUUUGAAAGCACUUGUGGAAACAACAAAAACAAACAGAAAGAUACAAAAACAGGAGUCUGUAUCACUGCUUUAAAAACAGAAACAAAAAGCAUAGAUACUGUGAGUACUAUCGAAUACAGACCGCACUCUCAAAAAGGCAUGGGAAUAUUUUCCUCCCAAAUGGCCAGGAAUGGUCAGGAGACACUCAGAAGGACGGGAAGGAGAAACUGGACCCAUUCUGAUGCAUUUCGAGUCUCUGUGGAAGAUGUGGAGGCUGAGAAUGAGCCACUAGACCACAGCAGUGGUGGCAGAGCUGUUUUGAACAAGUCUCUGAGUGACAGCCAGAGCUCCAGUUCUUGGAGUAAGUUAUCAGCAUGUAGUUCUACAAGCUGGGAGGAAGUGGAUUAUGUUGAUGACAGGUCAGCCAUAAAAGAGCCUAGCAAAGAACAUCUCGUGGACACUCAGUGUUCCACGGCCUUGUCUGAGGAGCUGGAGGACGGCGGGGAAGGCAGAGCUGCGCACCCAUUGUCUUCAGAGCUUCAUGGCCUUUCUCUGCAGUUGUCCAAGGAUGGCAACUUAGAGUCUUCUCAAAGUCAACUACACAAACACAUGCCCUUGACAACCUUUCUGCCUCACAACACAAUAGGCACUUUCUUGGUCUCUGGUGCUGAGCUGUUGGAAGGAACUCCAGAAGGUAUCCAGGAAGUCAGAAAAAUGGGACCCCAAAAUACUUCUGCUCACUCCAGACCCUCAUGUAGUUCUGUUUCUUGGCCUUCUGAUUCUGGUAGGCUUAAGAACAUGGCCACAUAUCCUUCAGUCCAAGAAGAAGAAAACUUUGAAAUAAUUGAUGAGUUUGCAGAAACCAACUGUGAUGCCAAAGGCAGGCAUGGGAGAGAGAAGGGAAAAGAAAUCAAUGAAAGAGGCACCCACCCUGCAUUUAAAGAUAGCCCCUCCCAGGCUGACCCAGAAGGAGAAACAGCAGAAUGCACAGAAGAUGCACCCUCAGACUCUCAUAUAGUCACGGACAAUUCUCUGGCCCAUAGCUCCGUGAUGGCACAUAGCUCUCUCACUCCUCAUUGGCCUGUUCAAAAUCCUGACUCAGGAAAGGGUGGUGGCUCAGUCGAAGAGCAGGGCAUCGACCCCGAUGCCUCGACUGUGGAUGAUGAAGGCCACCUGCUCGAUGACGCUGAUGUUCAGUCUGCAAGGGCACGUGGCUCUCCUAGACUGUGUGCUCUCAGGCAGCUGCCCGCUCAGAGGGCUUAGACUCCCAGUGUAAGCAGUAACAUUCCCUUUCCUGUCCUCAGCGAGGACUGCACCACCACAGAGGAAGGAAAUGAUCCUGGAAACGUGCUAAACUGCAGCCAGAAUUCUAGCUCGUCCUCGGCGUGGUGGUUGAAAUCACCCGCAUUCUCCAGCGGUUCUUCUGAGGGGGAAUACCCAUGGUCCUGGCUGAACUCCAGCGGAAGUUCUUGUGGUUCAUUGCCAGGAAAGAUGAGGCAAGAGUUCCUUGAGGCUCGCAUUCUGCAGCCUGAUAACGUUGAAAAACUCUUGGCAGGAGUAAGACGUGACUGGCUGUUUCAGAGACUGAAGAAUAUGGGAGUUUUUAAGCCCUGCCAACUCCACCGAGCACACAAUGCUCUUUUGUUAAAGUAUUCCAAAAAAUCUGAACUGUGGACAGCACAAGAAACUGCUGUGUAUUUGGGGGACUACCUGAUUGUGAAGAAGAAAGGCAGACAGAGAAAUGCUUUUUGGGUUCAUCAUCUUCAUCAAGAAGAAAUUCUAGGGAGAUAUGUUGGGAAAGAAUAUAAGGAGCAGAAGGGGCUCUGGCACCACUUCAUCGAUGUGGAGCGGCAGAUGACUGCACAGUACUAUGUGACAGAAUUUAACAAGAGACUCUAUGAACAAAAGAUUCCAACACAGAUGUUCUAUAUCCCAUCCACAAUAUUACUGAUUUUAGAGGACCAGACAAUAAAGGGAUGUGUCAGUGUGGAACCUUACAUCCUGGGAGAAUUUGUAAAAUUAUCAAAUAAUACAAAAGUGGUGAAAACAGAAUACAAAGCCACAGAAUAUGGUUUGGCUUAUGGACAUUUUUCCUAUGAGUUUUCUAAUCGUAGAGACGUCGUGGUCGAUUUACAAGGUUGGGUGACUGGUAAUGGGAAAGGGCUCAUCUAUCUCACAGAUCCCCAGAUUCACUCUGUUGAUCAAAAAGAUGUCAAUACCAAUUUUGGAAAAAGAGGGAUUUUUUACUUCUUUAAUAACCAGCAUGUGGAAUGCAAUGAAAUAUGCCGUCGUCUUUCUUUGACUAGACCUUCAGUAGAGAAGUCAAACAACUCAUAUACUUGGGAAUAG